AUGAAGUUUACACUCUUCCUCCUCUCCCUGCCGAUCAUCGCCCUGGGUGGUGGAUUACCUGUAGGCUCCCCUUGCACGUACGACGAAGAGUGCCAAGAAUGUACACCUGAAGGAUAUCAAACGGGAUGUUUCUUCGUGGGUCCGGAGUUUAAAGUACGGCAAUGCAAUACGUACCCGUGCGGUGAGCCGCCGAAUAUUGUGACGUGCCGGUGUUCGAUGUUAUGA